CCCAGUUUAGUUGUGAAUCUAACUUGGAGCUAAGCGUUACUACGGAUCACGAUGUGGAUCCCAAAGAACCCAUUUGUAGGAUUACUGCUCUGCAGUUUUUUGGCAAUUUUCCAGUCUACACACGCAGAGGUGGGCAAACUGGUGUGCUUCUACGAUGCGAAGAGUUUUGUGCGUGAAGGCCCCGCCCAAAUGUCGCUGGCUGAACUGGAGCCCGCUCUACAGUUUUGUAACUUUCUGGUCUACGGCUAUGCGGGCAUUGAUGCCGAGACCUAUAAGAUUAAGAGUUUGGAUCCUUUGUUGACCAAUGACCGUCAGCAUUACCGCCACAUUACCGCGCUGCGCCAGAAAUAUCCGCAUGUUCGCUUCCUGCUUUCGGUGGGCGGCGAUCGGGAUGUGGACAGCGAGGGCGUGGCAGACAGUGGCAAGUAUCUGAGAUUACUGGAACAGUCGGAGCAUCGGAAAAGCUUUCAGGCAAGCGUUUUGGCGGAGCUGAACAACAAUGGGUUCGAUGGCAUCGAUCUCGCCUGGCAGUUCCCCAAAAAUAGGCCCAAACUCCAGCAGGGCGUGCUUAAGAGGGUAUGGGGAUCGUUCCGUGGCUGGUUUAGUUCCUCAUCGGUGGACGAGAAGUCCGAGGAGCAUCGGGAGCAGUUUGCCACCCUUCUCGCAGAGCUGCGAUCCGAUCUGCGACGUGGUGGCCAUCUCCUAACCGUCAGUAUGCUGCCUCAUGUUUCAGCGGAACUCUUUAUUGAUGUUCCGAAGGUUCUUAGUAACGUGGAUUUUGUCAACCUGGCCACCUAUGACUUCCAAACGCCGGAACGCGAUCCCAAAGUUGCAGAUCUGCCCACACCACUGUAUGCCAUGUACGAUCGGGAGCCCAGUCACAAUGUGCAGUACCAGGUGCAGUAUUGGAUGAACCAGACAUCCGAAAUCAGUGUCCACAAGCUGCACGUGGGAGUGACCAGUUACGGGCGAGCUUGGAAUAUGACCCGAAACUCCGGCAUCACCGGCUAUCCACCAAUUCCGUCGGCAAAUGGAGCUGCACCGCCGGGAAGGCAAACUGUUACGCCAGGAUUGCUCAGCUGGCCGGAGAUUUGUGAUUUGCUGCAGCAGCAACCACAGGAUCGCGAGGUUCCCCAUCUGCGCAAAGUGGGCGAUCCCACCAAGCGUUUCGGCAUCUAUGCGUACCGGGCGGCGGAUGAUCAAGGGGAGAAUGGCCUAUGGGUGGGCUACGAGGAUCCCAUGACGGCGGCCAUCAAGGCGGGAUUUGUGCAUGCCCAAGGAUUGGGAGGAGUGGCCUUCCACGAGCUGUCCAUGGAUGAUUUUCGUGGUCAGUGUGCUGGCGAAAAAUUUCCCAUUCUGCGAAGCAUUAAGUUUAAGCUAUAAAACAAAUGCUCUUUGCUUUAAAUUCAAAAUUUGCUAGCUGUCACAAUUAUCCUUUUGCUUUUUCAGUGUAUUUGUAAAAUAUGCAUGGAU